UAUAUAAACAUUUUUUGCAUAACUUGCUAACAACAUGUACAUGUAUGCACCUUGAGUUUAGAUUGCAUGGAGAAAAUAAAACUUACUUCCUGUUUAGAAGAAUGUUGUUUUUACAGAUGAAAAUAAAGUAACAAACUAAACUUAAAUUGUUCUGGUAAGAUUUGUUUUUACUUGGCAAAACUUGAUUGGCAGAUUUUUGCAGAAAUGUAACUGAAGUUUAAUUGGCACCACUCAGCCAGUAAUGAUCCCAGUUUGAAACGUGUUUCCGAGAGAAGACGUGCCGUAGGAGUCAUGCUGCUGUGACAGACAGACGCGGGGCGGGACCUAUAAUACAUCCAUGGGCGGGACUCGGAACUCCCAAAUCAGUUAUUGCUAAACAUCCGACCAGCAGCCUCGGAGCGCUACACAACUUUUAAUAAAGGGAAGUAAACGCAGAUAUCGUGACCAUGGCAGAUGGAGCAGCAUUGGUGGAGGAAGGCAUCGGGCCGGCUCAGAGCCCUCUGGUCGCAGUCAGCUUCCAGAGAAGCGUCCACAGGAAGGAGAAGUACCUGGAGGCUGAACCCAAAGCUCUGGGGAUCACCCAGAUUGGCCUGAGUGUGUUUCAGAUCACCUGCGUGGCUGUGUUCCUGUCCAAAGGCCUGAGUCAUGCGCGGACUGACAUACCUUUCUUCAUUUCGUCUCUGCUGCUGAUAAUAGCUGGGAGUUUGGCUGUAGCAGCACGGAACCUCCAUCUGCCAACGCUGAAGGCCUGUUUAGGGAUGCAGAUUGUGGCCUGUGGCGCCUCCAUCUUCAACUUCAUCUUUUCUAUGAUUAAAAUGGAUCUUAUGACCUAUGGCUGCUGGAGUUAUUACUAUGACUCCAACUCCACUAACUUAGCAGAAAUCUGCCAAAAACUUGAGAGCACCAAUUCACAUUUCUUUGCUGAGGUUGUGGUCAUUCAGGCUGCUCUGUUCGCCAUCUCCGUCACUCUGGCCGCCUACUGCUGCAAGGUGGUCAACUGCUGCUCGCCAGCUCCCAAAAUGCCGGUGAUCACUGUGCAUGUGCCACCUGUCCAACAGUGAGGAGACAAAGUGGACAAGCGCAUAAGACAGUUUUUCAGCUACUUACAAAUGCUACACAAAUUUAAAGCUGCUCUAAUCAAUAUCUUUGUAUUAACAAUGUGAAAAUGUAAUCUAAUGUGAAAUAGGUUGUUGUAGUUACAAACCUACCCUACCUGUCCAGCAGCGAACAGAAGACAGACACAGUUAGAGAGUAGGUGGUGAACAUAGUGGAGCAUUUAGCAGUGAAAGAGACAGAUCUUUUUCUCAGGAGUUGGUGGAGUCCAAACCAGAGCUGAAAGAGACUUGGACUUACACUAAGCAGAUGGACAAGUACACGACUAAAUGCUGCUCUGAUCUGCUGGAUGUGUAAAAUAUGCAAGUAUUUUCUGUCAUAAUAUUCAUAGCUACUUCAUAAGGUGUUUAUGUGUCAACGUUGUGUUAACAGCUUGUUCCACUCCACUCAAGUGGUAAAAAAAAAAGAAGUAAAAUCAAGAACAUUGGGGCUUUAAUGAUCUGAGGAGGAUUUCAGUAUGUCUGUUUUAUAUGUACUCCUUCUCUAAAGUAACUUCAAUCAUAGGUAAAUAGUUACAACUGUAUAGAGUGCUGUGGGAAUGAGUCCUAAAACCCAGAAAUUAGUCAGCAUUCUGGUUUUCUGGUUCCCUUGUCUCAAAGUCGAUGGGUUGCCUGAAAUCAUUUCUGCAGUCAACACAAGCUUAAAGUUUUGUUUUACAACAUAAAAUACCUUUGUCAAUAUCGCUCUCGAGAAUUUUUAAGCUUUUACGUGUCUUGAAAAAGUGGUGUUCAUUUGGAAAAAUAGAAAAGAAACCUUUGGCUUUAUGUGGAGGGAACCAGAGCGAUGCUCACUGUUGGCCGUGGUGGCCAACAAAAACACGUCAUUCAUGCACCACUCUAUAGAGGCAACAAAUGAACUUAAUGCUUAUAAUCACAAAUUGAUACACAUUAAUGCUUUUCUGAAAAUGUUUUUGUUCAGAUUGUUGAUUACUUUAUGAUGAUCACUACCUAUAUCAUUACUGAUGUUUCCUUUGUGAUAUCAACUAACAUUUCAUUUAUGGGAAAUAAAAGCUGUAUUAAAAGUU